UCCCUUGGCCGAUUUUCAUCUGUGUCCUCUCCGUAGUAAACCGUUGCUAAAACCCAAGCCAGCAGUCAUGGCGGCCAAACCCAAGCUCUGGUACUUCCACGGCCGAGGCAGGAUGGAGUCUAUCCGCUGGCUGCUGGCUGCAGCUGGUGUGGAGUUUGAAGAAGAAUUUCUUGAAACAAGAGAACAAUAUGAGAAGUUGCAGAAGGAUGGACGCCUGCUUUUCGGCCAGGUGCCUCUGGUUGAAAUUGAUGGAAUGGAGCUGACACAGACAAGAGCCAUCCUCAGCUACCUUGCUGCCAAGUACAACUUGCAUGGGAAGGACCUGAAGGAGACAGUCAGGAUCGACAUGUACGCCGACGGCACCCUGGAUCUCAUGCUGAUGGUGGCGCUGGCUGCGUUCAAACCCCCGGAGGAAAAAGAGGAGAGCCUGGCUUUAGUCGUGAAGAAAGCUAAAACCCGGUACUUCCCCGUGUUUGAAAAGAUUUUGAAAGACCACGGAGAGGAUUUUCUCGUUGGCAACAAAUUCAGCUGGGCAGACAUACAGCUCCUGGAAGCUAUUUUAAUGGUGGAAGAACUUGAUGCUUCUGUUCUUUGCGACUUUCCUCUGCUAAAGGAAUUUAAGACAAGAAUCAGCAACAUUCCUACCAUUAAGAAGUUCCUGCAGCCUGGGAGUCAGAGGAAGCCGCCCCCAGAUAGCCACUAUGUCGAGGUUGUCAGGAACGUCUUGCAGCUCUAA